AUGAUCCCCACGGCCGACCCCAUCCUCUCCUUCAACCCUGAGGCAUUGCCCCCGUCGGCCUUACACAUGCUGUCGCUCUCGCCAAAGGCAAUGGAGAAGAUGUCUGGCAUCUCCAACCCACUUGUGUCUCCCAACGCAAUUCCACCUCGCACUUCAAGCACCGGCAUCCCGACCUCGCUCAACGCGACACCCACAAAACCCGUUCUGCGCCCUGUUCCAGAAGGCGACUGGUUGAGCCAGAAGCAGCUCUCCCCAAGGGCACAGAUGUCAAACGCCGGUUACGGCGUCAUGCAAGCUCCCAAUCCGCCUCCCGAUCCCGAGCGCUACGCCCACGAGGAUCUCGAGUUCACGGCUAAGCGCUCUUGGACUGACGAGAAGGAAAAUGUCGUCCGCGGACCUUACGACUAUGUCAUUAGCCAUCCUGGCAAGGACUUCCGCGCCCAGCUGAUCGGCGCCUUCAAUGUCUGGCUCGAUGUGCCCACGUCGAGCCUCGAAGUCAUCACCCGAGUCGUUGGCAUGCUUCACGAGUCUUCGCUCCUCAUCGACGACGUGCAGGACUCGUCCGAGCUGCGCCGUGGCUUCCCUGUCGCACACAACAUCUUUGGUGUCGCUCAAACCAUCAACUCGGCAAACUACAUAUACUUUGUCGCCCUACAAGAGCUGCACAAGCUCAACAAUCCAGAGCUAAUCACCAUCUUUUCCGAUGAGCUUGUGAACCUCCACCGAGGCCAGGGCAUGGACCUGUUUUGGCGUGACACUCUUACCUGUCCUACGGAAGAAGACUACCUCGAAAUGGUUGGUAACAAGACGGGCGGCCUGUUCCGUCUCGGCAUCAAGCUUAUGGCGGCGGAAGCCAACGGCCCUAGUCCUACAGACUGUGUUCCGCUCGUCAACCUAAUUGGCCUCAUCUUUCAGAUUCGAGAUGACUACAUGAACUUGUCCUCGAAGGAGUACAGCCAUAACAAGGGAAUGUGCGAGGAUUUGACCGAGGGCAAGUUUUCGUUCCCUGUCAUCCACAGCAUUCGCACCAACCCCACAAAUCUCCAGCUCAUCAACAUCCUCAAGCAGAAGACCUCGGACACCCAGAUCAAGCGGUACGCUGUUGCCUACAUGGAGUCCACAGGCAGCUUCGAGUAUACCCGUAAAGUUCUCAGCGUCCUCAUUGAGCGGGCUCGCAAGAUGGCCGAGGAGCUCGACCAGGGCCGUGGCAGCACGAAGGGCAUUCAGAAGAUUCUCGACAAGAUGGCCAUCCAAUGA